AUGUCCAGUAUACGAGUUUCUUCACACCCUCUUGUCGCUCACAAAAUUUCAAUUCUUCGUAAUAAAAACACUAAGCCAAAGCAAGUUCGUGAGCUUAUGCGCGAAAUUGGGCAACUUCUUGGGUAUGAAGCUACUGCCGAUUUACCUACAAAGUCUACGAGUACCUUGGAAAGUCCUUUAGCACCUUAUGCUGGAACUGAAUUAGCCACUACAGUCGGACUAGUACCUAUCUUGAGAGCAGGUCUUAUUUUUGUUGAUGUUCUUCAGGACAUGAUUCCAACAGCUAGAGUCUUGCAUCUCGGGAUUUUCAGGGAAAGGAUAUCACUUCAACCCGUAGAAUAUUAUAAUAAGCUGCCUGCAGAACCCAAUGUUGAACAGAUUUUAGUUUUAGAACCAAUGAUAGCUACAGGAGGAACUGCUGUUGCCGCAGCCAGUAUUCUUAAAGAAUGGGGUAUUAAAUCAAAAAUCAAACUUAUUACAAUAUGUGCAUCACGUCAGGGUCUUGAUUAUUUAAUGAAACACCAUCCAGAUGUUGAAGUUUUUGUUGGCGAUGCCGGAGAUAGAUUAUAUGAUACUCCUCAUUUAAAUUAA